GGUCGAGUUCGAAAGGGAAAAAGCGACUUUCGCCGAAGACCUCUCCCCCUCCGGUCGAGGUCGUCCUCGGAGUGAGGAAAAUGCCGCGCGCGGACGAGAAUAGGCCGCCGGCGGUCCGGGAAAUUCCCAUCAUCGCCUGACGUCACACCGAAGAACCGACACUACAAAUACCCGAGAGGAAGGAUCGGCGGACACAUCGGCUGUCGCUCGCCAUGAUUCUCUGGAUCCUUCUCCCUUUCCUCCUGACGCUGGGCGAUGCCGCAUCAAGGCAACGCAGACAGAUCUCCUUCCCCGACGAAGACAACUGUCGAACUCCAGACAGGAGACCGGGUCGAUGCGUGGUGUUGACUGAUUGUCCCGAAUUGGCCCGUAUACGAGACCUCAAUUUUCUCCGAAGAUCCAUCUGUGGUUACGAGGGAAACAUACCUCGCGUGUGUUGUCCGGGCGGGGAUCGGAUCGCCCCGAUCGACAACCGUCCGACUCCCCGACCCACCUUCAGACCCAACACCCCCAGACCCACUCCUAGGCCCACUCCCCGGCCGGUUCCAACGCCCGGAAUCAGAACCAUUCUACCCUCCAUUCUACCCGAGGACUGCGGUCGCAGCGAUAAAACCGGAAGCAGGAUCAUCGGCGGCCGGAAAUCGGAAUUGGGUGCAUGGCCUUGGCUGGCGGCCGUGUAUUUGACCAGGAGCGGCCUGACCAGAGGAACCGAUUGCGGGGGCGCUCUAGUGUCCAUUCGACACGUCAUAACUGCCUCACACUGCGUGAUAGACAGUAGAGGAAAUGUAAUGAAUCCGUCCAGCCUGACUGUUCGGUUGGGCGAGCACAAGUUGAACGACGACUCAGACGGAGCCAACCCGGUCGACUUUCGAGUACGAGAUAUCAGGAGUCACCCCGAUUUUGUUCGAAGAACGUUCAAGAACGACAUCGCCAUUUUGGUUCUAGAAGGAACGGUCCGAUUCGGCGAAUUCAUUAGACCCAUUUGUCUUCCCUACGAUCAGCUGAGGAACGAAGAUCCUACGGGAAGGAACGCCUUCGUGGCAGGAUGGGGAACUACGGCUUUCAACGGAAACUUCAAUCCCGAAUUGACGGAGAUCCAGAUUCCAAUUUGGACUAACAACGAGUGUCGCCAAGUUUUUCAACGAGAGGUGCCCAUCAGCGGAGAGUACAUCUGCGCGGGUGUUCGCGAUGGCAGCAAGGAUUCUUGUCAGGGAGAUUCGGGAGGACCUCUGAUGCUUCCGGCCGAAAGAUCGACUACGGAUUUAUCACGAUAUUAUAUAAUCGGGGUGGUGUCGUUUGGCAAGAGAUGCGCCACUCCCGGUUAUCCGGGAGUAUACACACGAGUCACCGAAUACCUGGACUGGAUCGCCGACAACUUGGUUUAGAACACUGCCUUCUCUGUUAUUUAUUUUUUCCUUGUAUCGUUUUAUUUUAAAAAUAAAAUCGACUAUUUCA